UUAUUUUUAAUAUCAUAAUAUUUUUUUCAAUUCUUUUUCUUUCAAAUAGCUUCAGCAUGGAAUGCGAAUGUAUCGAUGUGGAUACGUGCGAGGGUAUUUCACAACCGGUGUUUAAAAAAAAACCUGUUAGAGAUGUGCAAAAAAUUUCAAAAGUAAUUGAUAAAAUUGAGCCAUUAUUUGCUUUACCACCUGAAUUAAUGAAAUGUAAUAGAUGUAAAGAAAAAAAGAAACGACUAGAGAAAUUCGAACAAAUUUAUACAAAAAAAAGAUUAAAAGUAGAAAAUUUUCGAAGAUUGAUGGUCAGUUUAAUCGUUAAAACUGAAUUACCAGAAAUAGAUAUAGAUUUAAAUAAUGAUCAAGAUAUAAAUCGAUAUUAUAAUUAUAUUUAUAAUGGCGUUAAUACUUUUCACACGCAAAUUCAAGACGAAAUUAUAGAGAAGAUAUUAGCUUUAGUUCCAUACUAUUUGAGAGAUCGGUUCAAUUAUUAUAUGGAAGACUUGUUAAUCGAAAUUAAAGAAACGUAUACAAGGAAUAUGAAGAAAGCGAUAGUGGAGUACGCACUUCAAGAUCCCAUGGAAUAUUAUUUAAUAGAGGUUCGAUUGAAAUUAUAUUUUGAAGAAACUAGAAAAAAUUUGCUUCAAGUGAUAUAUUUUUUAACUCGAUUAAAAAUUAAUGUUCAAAAAUUAUGCGAAUAUUUACAAAAUCAAUUAUUUCUGAUAAAUCCUUGUAUGAAGAUGACUUUAGAUUUCUGGGUUCGCGAUUUCAGGUAAGAAAUUAUUCAUUUCUCGUAUUAUGAUUUUGAAAUGGAAAUAAACUUUUUUUCAGCAACUUUCGAUUGAUCGAUUUAAAUACAAUCAUCGAGCACGAAGACAGUUGGGAUUUGAUGGAAUUUAAAAGAAUGAUUAGUAAAGAAAUAAUAAAAAAUAGAAAUAUAUUAAAGGAUGUUUGGUACGCUGGAAUCCAGAAUAUAUUCCUCAUGGUAAAAUUUUAACAAUUAUUAUUUUUUGAUUAUAUAUAUAUAUAUAUAUUAUUCUCAUAAAAUUUG